AGCCACAUCCGGUCAUUCUCGCCCCGCCCCGCCGCUUGUUGUGUCGCCUAGCCUCGCCAUGUCGCCAUGAUGUGUCUGUGUCUUUGAAAUCGGAUCGGCCGAGUCAAGUUUAUGGCGUUUAUUAAAUUGUGCGAAUUGGAGGGCUUGUAUUAAUCUGAAUCCACGCCCAUUCACACCCCCAUCUCUGUUGGAAACAUAUCACCCUUCUAUUUCAAAAUGACGGUUGGAUCAGCUGUUAGACCACGAUGUUUCUUCGAUGUGGAGAUCGGUGGAAUACCUAUGGGUCGCAUUACCUUUGAACUGUACACCGAUAUUUGUCCAAUAACAUGUGACAAUUUUAGAGCACUAUGUACAGGGGAGAAAGGAUUGGGAAAGACCUCUGGAAAACCACUUCAUUAUCAAGGGAUUGUCUUCCAUCGUGUUGUACGAGACUUUAUGAUUCAGUCUGGAGAUUUCACUGUUGGAAAUGGGACUGGUGGUGAGAGUAUCUAUGGAGGAACUUUUGAAGAUGAAAACCUGGAAAUGAAGCAUGAUGAGCCAUUCCUUUUAUCCAUGGCAAAUAGGGGCCCCAACACCAAUGGAUCUCAGUUCUUCAUAACUACGCAGCCUGCACCACACCUGGAUGGAGUUCACGUGAUCUUUGGUCAUGUUGUGUCUGGGAAAGAAGUCGUGACCCAAAUUGAGAUGCUUCCAGUGGAUCGUAAUUCACGCCCCCUUCAGGAUGCCAAGGUCAGCAAGUGUGGAGAACUUGUACUUCUUUCAAAAUCCAAAGAUAAAAAGAAAAAGAAGAAAUCCAAAAAAGAAGAAUCAGAAGGGUCAAGCUCAAGUUCUGAAUCAUCAUCAGAUGAGAGUGGUUCUGAAGAAGAGAAAGAGAGCAAAAAAAAGAAAAAGAAACUGAAAAAGGAAAAAGCAGCAAUCAAGGAGGAGGAAGAAAAUGAAGAACCAGAGGAAUAUCAUCCUCUUGUUACUGUGUCUAAGAUCGAUCCUGCUGAAAUUCCUGAAGUUCCCUCAAAUAAGUUUCUCUACCGUGGAGAUGGCAGAGAAAGGGACUUCAAAAGAACACGUGAUUAUGACCGAGGAGGAAGGUCUGAACAAGUUUACCGGGACAACCGGGAACACCGAGGAGAUAGAUCAGAGAAAGGGAAAGCUAGGGGCACGACCAAAAGUGGGCGUGUAAUUAAAGGCCGUGGAGUGUUUCGUUUUCGGACACCAUCUAGGAGCCGAUCUCGCUCACGAAGUGCCACUCCACCCCAUUGGAAGCAAGCUGCACGACGCACAAUCAAAUUGAGUGAAUUUGAGCGAAUGGAAUCGGAACGCAAGGCCAAGGAUGAUGAGAUUGCAAGGCGAGAAGAUGCCCGUAAAAAACGCCAUGAUGAUCGUCAGCGUGAACAAAAGGAACACUUUCAAAAGUUGAGACAAGAAGCGGAGCAACACUUUCAUAGUUCUAGAUCUAAAGAUCAUCAUGAUGGAGCCCGCAAACAAGAAGAGGAGCGCCAUCAAAGCAAGAAACCAAGUGCCAGCAAGAGUGGUGAUAAUAUGGCAUCAAACUCUGGUGGGCCUCUUGACUUAAAUGCUUUGGACUAUGAAACAAUGGAACUUGGUGAUGAAGAAGAUGUUAACAAAGGGAGUGAUGGGGAAGCCAGAGGGCUACAUCGCAAUGGCAAACCUUCAGACCAAAGGAAAGCAUCAGAUCGGGAAAAAGCAUCUGACAGAUCCAGAAAGCGAAACAAUCAAGACGAAGACAGAGGUUCUCACAAACAAAGCAGCCAGUCUCACAGAAGUUACACAAGCUCCAAAGACAAGAUACGACUUGAAAAGCGUGAAAAAGAUAGAAGGAACGCAGAAAAAUUGGCAGAAAGUGAUGAUGAUCUUGAGAAAGAAAAGGAGCGGCUUAAGGAAUUAGAGAAGUUAAAACAGAGAAUGGAACUGGAGUUGGCUAAAGAAAUGAAGGAAAAAGAGAAAGGAAGGGAUGGGGAUAAGAGGCGAGAUAAGGAUAGAGAUGAUAGGGAGAGAGGGAGAGAGAAAGAUCGUGAAAGGGAGAAAGAAAAAGAACAUCUGAAACGCAGAGAAGAUGAUCGCAAGAAAGAAGAACAGAAGAAGCGAGAAGAUAUGCGUCGUAAGGAAGAAGAACGUAGGAGGAAAGAGAGAGAAGCCAAAGAGAGCAGAGAUCGGCAUGAUAAAAGAAGUGAGGAACGCAAUCGUGACAGAAACAAGAGAAGGAGGUCUCGCUCUAAGUCUAAUACAGACCGCAGUAGAAAACGGGGAAGACGUCAUUCCAGCUCAUCAUCAUCUUCUUCUUCUAGUAGUAGUAGCAGCAGCAGUGAUGACCGCCGCAAGAGGCGUUAAGUGGCAUUCUUCCAUAUUAUUUGGAAGUGGAUUGUAGUCAUUCAUUGAAGUUGCCGUGAGACAGAUUUCUGUAUUGUAGGUGCAAGUGUGAUUGUAUCUUUUAUAAGCAAGACUUGAUUCAGUUAUUGGAUCUUAGUUCUUGCUCAAACUACCUCCAUCAGCAUCAGAGUGUCAGCAUUGAUUACACUAUUGUAUUUUGUAGCUAGGGUUUGCCACAUUUUCUCUUAUGUUUUACCUUUGCUUUGAAGGUUGACAUGGACACGUGCCUUGAUCCGGUGUGUUGUAUGGAGGCCAAAUUAAGUAAAUGCUGUUACUUCCACAAUACCCUCUUGAAUGAUGUGGAACAUGACAGUUUACUUACUCAGUAUCUCUAUCUCAUUUUUAUUGGAACUGUUUGUAGGUUUGUUGUUUUAGUAGAUUCAUGAUAAUUAUGUAUACUGAUUAUCACCGCCAUGAUGUUAAAAUGAUGUGUCAGGCAAAACUUCCCUAUUUUUUUAACUGUCAAAACUGAACUGUCUGAUCUAAAAUGCACCAAUUAAAGUUUCGUUGCUCAUC